AUGGGUUGCGGUGUCUUUGUUAUCGGACCGGCUGGAUCGGGUAAAACUACGCUCUGCCAAGUCUUAAGAGAGUACUAUGUAGCGGCCAAAAGGCGGGUUGUGCUUGUUAAUUUAGAUCCAGCUCAAAUGCACGAAGAUUUUGAUUUUGAUAUUGAUAUUAGAGACCAUUUAUCAUUAAUGGAUGUUAUGGAAGAGGCUGAUUUUGGGCCAAAUGGAGGACUACUAGCUGGAGUAGAAGCUGUAGCUGAUAAUUUAGAUAUUUUGGAACUGCCUGAGGAAGAAGAUGCUUUUAUGUUAUUUGAUUGUCCGGGCCAGAUAGAGUUGUACAUUCAUUCGGAAUCGAUUAAGCGCAUAGUAGAAAAUGUGCAAAAGUGUCAUACGGUUAUGAUGGUGUAUGCUUUAGAUGCAACUCAUGUACUGGAGAUGGGUAAGUUUGUGGCGGGUGCUAUUUCAGCUACAAUUGCAAUGGCUAAGUUUGAAGUACCCCAUAUGAAUGUGUUUACUAAAUGCGACUUGGUGGGGGAAGAGGAGAUAGAAGAGUUUCUUUAUGGCUUAGAUAAGGAAACGAUUCAUGAACGAAUGGGUUAUGAAUCUGAGCAGGAGAAUAGGUUUAAUAUGGCUUUAGCAACAAUUAUUAGUGAUAACGGUUUAUUAGGUUUUUACCCGAUUGAUUACAAGAACGAGCAGGCAAUUGAAGAUCUGACCUAUCAAAUAGAUGCAUGCACGCAGUACUUAGAAUCUCAGGAGCCACAAACCAAAGAGUAA